UCGUGGUUGGUUGGUUGGUAGGUCGUGCGAAGACUGGUUCGCAUCAGUCUUACGCGUCCCUCAUCGAAGGGUGCGCACCGCAUUGGUAUAAUUGUGGAGUUCAGUGGUCUUCCCUCUUUUCCCCUUACCUUAUACUUUGUCGAUCUUUACGUAAUAGACAAGAAGAGAAGAAGAAGAAGAAAUACGUGGUACGUGGCGUAGCCAUCCAUCAAGGAUAGCAACGUAUAUCCCAGAAAGUAUAAAAAAAGAAAGGAAGCGACGCGCGUGACGUCUCGCGUGCGUCGCGUGGCCUUGUGUGUCGAGGCCACGUAACGUGAAUCUCUUUGGUACCUUGAUGGUGCUCUAGUGGUGCAGUGAGAUUCGUUCUAGAGUCAGUUUGCAAGUGCGCGCGCGCGCGCGAACACACGACAUACGUAUAAACGUACGUAUCCAUACGAAGGGUGGACGAAGCUGUUCAUCGUUCGUUUAUUUUAUUUUACAUAGCGUUUAAGAGAUAUGUGUCGUUCCUUGUCGUCGUCGUCGUCAUCGUCGUCAUCGUCGUUGUUGUCGUCCUAUUGGUAAUAAAAGCGAUUGCGCUCAUAACGCCUUCACUUGAAGAUAGAGAUAUAGAUAGAGAUAUAUAGAGUGAGAGAGAGGUCUCAAUUGUUGGCGCUGUGAGCGCCACUGCGCGGUGCUGUCGUGUAUGCCGCCCGCCAAGUGUCUCUCGCGUUUCUCUCGUGCUGCGAUCGGGAAAGUGUAUGCCGUUGACUUACGUGUACGAAGUUAUCGUCGCCGUCGUCUUCGCGCGGUAAUAUAUAUAAUAGAGAAAAAAAAUAAGAUAAACGUAUAGAAACAAGAAAAGGAUAAAGGGAAAAGGGUAGCGCUCUUCUCGUGAAAGGUGAAUUCGGCUUUAGUCUCUUUUGUUGCUCGGCAAAUUUCGACACGCGACCGAAAGUUUCCGAGCAGCGCCACACGGUGGAGAGAGAGAGAAAAUACGGCUCGGUGCAGAAUAGAAAGAGAGAAUAGGAAGAGUCAAUCACCGAUUGUGUUGAGUGAGAAACAAACAAAAAGAGAGAAAGAGAAGAACCAAAAACGGAAAUCCCAUAGGAAAUUAAGCAUUGUACGCUAGAGAAAGAGAGAUAGAGAGAAAGAGGAAAGAGAGGGACUUUCGAUACUCGUGAUAAAUGCGUAAUCUAUCCCCUCUAUCCUUACUUCUCCUCUUCGUCCUCGUAUAGAACCGGAAGAGAGGGAGUGAGUGAGUGAGUGAGAGAGAGAGAGACAGAGAGAGGAGUCGGCGCCGUGAAGAGGGAGUAGCCGAUGUCGUGACUUAAAUAUCGAUUUUGGCACGGACGAGCGCCGAUAGCCCGUUUACAUCGUACCCUUCCAUCUCUUCGUUUAUCAUCUUUAUUACCGACAAGUUUUUAACGGACACGCGCGCGACGUAUUUCUAUUGCGACUGUAAGAAAAAAAGAGAAAUACGAGAAAGGAAUAAAAUGACGCGCGAUGUUCAUCCCACUCGACACGAGCAACAGCGAAGAGCGUGACAACACACGAGACUAGAAAAUAAUUCAUUUAAAUUUUAUCCUUUGAUCAGUUUAUCGUCAAAACACAAUAUAAUAUAAAUAUAUGCAUAUAUAUAAAUAACUAUACGUAAUAUUUAUAGUAAUUUUAAUAAUAAUAACAAAAUCGCGUUCGCAUUCAUCGACGCGACUGAAAAUGCAGCUUUCGUAUCGUCACGUGCAUUCGAUCUACUACUACCUUAAGGAAAGCAUGCAACGUGGUGUGCUUCACGGUGAAGAAUCAUCGAGUAACGAGGAGAGUACUACUUAUAUUUCUACGAGCAGCGUCGUCUUUUUGAAACUCGUCGAAGGACAAGUCCGUCUUUCUCGUUCGUCGUCCUAAGUUUCUUUUCUUAACAAUAGAGGAGCACUCUUGUACCGACUGCUGCGGCGGUACGACAGUAGUACCACACACGGCGGCCAUUGAUUCUCUUCGACGAGUCUCGCGAAACGUCGUUGAUCUUCGUUUGUUCGUCGAGUCGACGUCGACGUCGUCGUCGUCGUUGGAGUCGGUCGGUCGGUCGGUCGGUCGGUUGUUCUCGACCGAUCUGAAUAGAAACGCGAAUAUUAUAAACGAGAAUUUAACGAUAAAAUCUCUCAUCAUAAUUCGAAGUACGCGCGUUAUUUGAUGUUCACUGUGAGACUGCGAAUGCAUACAUCGUUCUUCUGUCGAUAAAAACGCGAUAUUAUUUCGAGUGAACGCUUGCUUGCAACGGCAGCGCCGCCGGCAGCAGCAGCAGCAGCGGCGACGACAGCAAGCAACGUAUCGCUAAUAGCAGCAGCAGCAGCGAUAUUCAUGUGUUCUUUUGGUGGCAGAAACGAGGCGCGUUAUCAUCCACACAUUAAUCCGUAUAUCUUCAUCGAGAUUAGGACAAGGAAAGAUACGAUAAGGAGGAAUAGAAGCAGCCACGGAAAGAAGGAUUUCGUGGUUUCGAUGACGAACUUUCGAAGAGAAUAAUAUAACUCUACACGACGGACGAUCGGCGAUCGUAUCGUUCGUUGUCGUCGAUAACAGAAAACGAUGACGUCAUGGUGCUCCAUCGCCGAUUGAAACGCCCGUGAAUAACGAAGGUAGUGUUGGUUAAAUAUCGAUAUAAUCUUUUUUACCCGAAGAUCGUCAUAAUACGAGCCUACACGCACGCUCUUUAGUAAAAAGAACAAAAAAAAAAAAAAAAUAAAAAAAUAAAAAAAAAUAAAUAAAUAAAAAAAAGAUAUCCUCGAUCUUUGGAAAAGAUAAACCCUAGCGUUUUGUCACGCAUCUUCUUUCAAUAACAUAUCUUUCGCUCACUCCUGUACACUUUUCUCUCUGUUUUAUCAAUUUUUCCCCCAAUUAAAUCCGACGUUACAAUCGUCGAUAAACUUUAGACGAAAGUAAAAAAAAGCAAACAAAUAAACAAACAAAAUCAAUCACACGAGCGCGCAAGGAUUUAUCGGUCUUUAACCAACGAUCUUGGACAAGGAACGUCGUUGAGGCCGGACAGGACCAACUACACGGCGGCGGCGGCAAAGCUAGAACAACGACGACGAAAGGAUCAACGAUAGGAAUAAAGAAUGGUUUCGAGAUAUGGCGUCUCGAAGGAGGGCGCAGUGGACGUCGCCGUGGGAGUAGGACCUAUGCAUUGUCUAAUAGGAGGGCCGCAUCAUCAUCAUCAUUUAUCGGCCCCUCAUCCACAAAAUCCUCAACCGGGUCAUAAUCACCACGUGCAUCAUGCCGCUCACCCGCCACCGCCAUCGCCAAGUCCUCAUUUGAAUCACCAGCUGAGCCAUCAUCAAUUGACCGUCAACAUCAACCAUCUCGGACAUCAACUCGCUCAACAUCAACAAGCCCCACCACAGUAUCGUGUUGUUACAGCUAACACUAGAUCAGAAUUUCAUGUUCCAACUCAAAACUACGGCGCCCAGCCAGGGGGGCAGGUGGGCGGGGGAGGGGGGAGUGUAGGUGUACCCGGGGGUAGAGGACCUCCACCACUUGGUGGCAUACCAACGAUAGGACAAUCUACAGCAGGUAUACCACCAGGAGGUCCAGCUGGUGGUCAAGCUCCUCCACAAGCACAAGCACCCGGUGUACAAACUCAGCAGAAUCAAGGUCCGGCACCAACAACGACACCUCCAGUUCAUACUCCUUCACCUCAGGAAAUGGGAAAACAACCACAUCUACAAGCACAUGUAUAAUUUAUAUUGAGAGUUGAUUAAAAAUAUAUAGAUCAUCAAUUAAACAUCAAUACAUCACAAUUAAUUGAAUAUAUUUUUUAGAGUUAUUAUCCAGCUGCUCCGAGGCCACAGCAACCAAGAAAUCUAAAUCAUAGAGGUGGGCAAGGGGGUAGUGGAAAUCAAGUAGUAGGCAUGCCAGGGGUAGGUGGAGGUGGCGGGCAACCACCUGUCAUGUAUACGACUGGCUUGACAGGUCAACCAGGGACAGUAUUUGUCCCUAGUCAUGUUGCUGGAAUUCCAACUGGCCCUCAUCAACAAUCAGUAUAUCAUAUGAAUAAUCAGCUUAUUCAAUUCUCCAGUGCACCUCAACGACAUCAAGCUCAAAAUCAAUCUUUUUAUCCCCCAUAUCAACCGCAUGCUCUUUUAACACAAAAUAUUUAUCCAUACCAGCCUGGUCCAACACCUCAACCUGGCUUUUUUUAUACAUCGCCCACUGCUCCAUUGAGUUUAAAUAGGUCAAGCGCAACCGCUGUUAGUGGUGGGGCUCAACAUGUUGGAGGAGCGCUAGGUGGUGCCCAAGGAGCUACAAUGGUACCACAAGGUACUCUUCAACAACCUACCCAACAACCUCAGCCUCUACCCCAAAUAGAUGUGUAUUCGGGUUAUAAUGGCGGAGGUGCAACAGGAGCAAGUAGUUCAAUUAGAUCCAGAAGGCCAAGAGGAGAAAAGGCCAUAACAGAUAUCGUAAAUCCUAGCACGGGAAAAAAUAUCAGUCAUGAAAUCUAUGACGAUGAUGCAACUGUCGAAAGUACAGAAUCUAGUAAUCGUGAAACACCUCAAUUACAGAAUAGUAGCGGUGCAGAGGUGGUGGCCGAUUUUGCGGCACGCGUUGCGAAAGCCGCGACCGAGAGUUCGGAUUCCGGCUCACCGGUGCCGGCCGUUACCGCACCAGAAACAACUUUCGUGUCACAAAUCACGACACCAAGUUUAUCGAAUAUUCAAACAAAUUCUAACGAUAUAAACAGUCAGUGCAACAACAACGGUUUGGCCACACCGACGCAAAAUAUAAGCAAGGUGCACGCGUUGUGUAGUCAAUCGUUAGAUACGUCUAAUAACGUUACUCAAAUUGAAAUAAUUCCUACUUCGUCGGCACCAUGUCCAGCGCCAUCGGCCGCACCCUCAUCCGUUUCAUCCUCUACGCCUUUGGCUAUUGUUUCCUCGUCUACUUCCAUUUCCUCUCCUUCUUGCGCGAUUAAAUCGGCAGUGGAAUCUAAACCAUUGCAACUUCUCGCAAAAGAAUUUCAUCCUAGAGGAGAGAAAAAGACUGUAAGCAGCAGCGAGGAAACUGUAGCCGUAGUCAAUGUUGAUACUAUUCCUAUACAGCCUGUCACUACGUUGGCUACUGCUACUGCUACGCCCGUAGUCGAACAAGAAACAAAGAAUACCACGAGUCCUUCCUCGGUUAAUGUUCAGACGUCAUCGGCGCCGCCGCAACAUCAUCAACAACAACAACACCACCACUCCCACCAUCAGCAGCAGCAACAACAACAACAACACCAUCACCAUCACCAGCAACAACUACCACCGCCAACACAUCAAUUACAACAACAUUCUGCCCCGAAUGUGACUGUACCAGAGGUCAGCAAAUCGUCUUCUACUCCACCCAGUGUUAAUCCUACUCUUGUGAGAGAACCAUUUUCCAAUCUUUCGAGCAAAACAACGUCGUCGAAUUCUCCACCAAGAAGGAAAUCUCAAUCGCAUCAUGGCCAAUCUAGUAACCCUAUCACCGAGCAGCUGUCUUCAAAUACCAGGGAACAAAAGGAUAAAAAAAGAGAGAAGAGCGUUAGUUCUAGAGGUGCGACUCCAGCACCAGCACAUAAUCAACCUGAUCAUCAUCAUCAUCAUCAUCAUCAUCAAAAAACGAAUGGUGAUGCUAGUGGAGAUAAAACGGAGCAGGAGCCUAUUGUGGUUGCCAGGAACGAACUUUUACAACAUAAACAAAAUGAUGGUAAAGCGAUGCAAAAGCAAAAGAGCAAAAAUAAGCUCAAACCUCGCGAGCUUAAUCGAAAAGGAGCUGAAAAAGAAGGCACAGAUAUGGAUGCAUUUGUUAAUACAGUUCCAAUUAAUAAACCAGAAGUGAAACAAAUAGAUAAUAAAGAAACUAUACCGAUAAAAGAUAACAAGGAACAACCUAUUAGAGAAAUGACAAAAGAAAUUAAAGAAAAAGAUGAGUCUUUUAACUCUCACUACUACGAGUCUUUUAAGGAAAAAGAAGCAGCAACUGCUGUCCAUCCCAAAGUGGAGAAACAUGUGAUUCCGGAUAUAGUUAAGGAAAAUGAUCCUGUUCAAACUCCUAUUAUUGAGAAAUUAAAAAGUGAAAAAGAGAUAAUUAAAGAAAUAUCUUCAAAGAUAGAAGAUAAUUCACAAAUUCUAAAAUCUCAAAAUACGUGUAGUAAUGCCCAAAUGAAGUCAGUUCCUAAUAACGAUGUUGUUGAUCAUGCAAUUGUUAAGGAGGAUGUUGAUUUAGAAACAAUAAUAGCGCAGAAGAACGAAGAAAAUACGAAAAUUUCUGCGUUUCAAGCAUCUAGCGACGAAAAGAUUCCAUCUGUGCUAACAAUGGAAAAAUCAAACGAACAGAGUGAACCUCAAUCUCCGACAACAGACAUUGCUGUAUCAAAAAGUUCUAUACCACUAAAAUAUACAUAUAAGGAUGAUCAAUGGAGUCCGAUAAAUAAGAGUGGUAAAAAAGUUUAUGAUCGUGAAUUUUUAAUACGACUUCAAGAUGACCCAAAUAGUAAAAUUAAGCCGAACAAUCUACCAGAUUUAGAAGUCGUUUUAAAAGAUAAUACAAAGAUUCGCAGUACAAUGGAUUUCAGAUCAUUUAAAGACACAAGCAUAAGCAGGCCAGAAUCGUUAUUCCCUGUAUUUGUGAAAUCAGGACUUGCACGUGGUGUGCCACCUACAAAUCGAAAAAGUCAUCCUUCAGGGAAAUCAAAGCCAACUAAACCAAAUGUUAUUCAUGUCUCUCUAUCUCUUAGAGAAGAUGUAAAAUUGAGAGAGACAGAGAAUGCAUGGCGUCCUACUAGAAUGAAGCAACUCGAUUUAAGCGAGGAAGAUGCUAAAACAGAAGCAUUGUAUAAACGUGUUCGUAGUGUUUUAAAUAAGCUUACCCCACAGAAAUUUAAUACUUUAAUUGACCAAGUUAGGUCAUUAACAAUUGAUACACAAGAAAGAUUUCAAGGUGUAAUCAACUUAGUCUUUGAGAAGGCUGUCGAUGAACCUAGCUUUUCAGUUGCAUACGCGUUAAUGUGUAAGGAACUUGCUUUAAUGGAGGCAUCUGGCGGUGAUAAAAGUGCAGGAAAGCAAGCAGAAAGUUCUGUUACUUUUAGGAAACUGAUUAUCAGCCGAUGCCAAAAAGAAUUUGAGAAGAAUCCAAUUGAUGAAGUUUCGAGAGCAAGUAAAACUAAAGAAAUAGAAGAAUGUAACGAUCCUGAAAAGAAAAAGGAUUUGCAGUUACAGCUUGAAGAGGAGGAACGUAGGAUACGUAUUAAAUCUGUAGGAAAUAUUCGAUUUAUCGGUGAACUUUACAAGCAAGGAAUGUUAACAACGGGCAUUAUGCAUCGUUGUAUAAAUCAUUUAUUAGAUCAAAAUGAUGAAGAUAGUCUCGAGUGUUUAUGUAAGCUAUUAACAACCAUUGGAAAAGAUUUAGAAUCCAAGGGGAAAUAUGAUGAAAUGCAAGAGUAUUUUAGCAAGAUGCAAGAUAUUGUUGGACGUCGUGGACAUGGUAAAAUAAGCUCUAGAAUUCGUUUUAUGCUACAAGAUGUUAUAGAUUUGAGGGCUAAUAAAUGGAUUCCAAGGAGAGACGAUAGUAAUCCAAAAACGAUAGAUCAAAUUCAAAAAGAAGUUGAAUCCGAAAGACUGGAUACUCAACUUACUAAUACACCAUUGAACACAUCUAGAAAAGAUGACCGCAAUGCUGAUAGAAAAAGAAAUCGAGGAUUUGGGCCUGCAGAUGAAGGUGGAUGGAGUCAACCUGUAGGUAGAACAAGACAAACCUAUUCUGUUGAAACAGCAAAAUUAAGGCAGAAAACUACUCCUGUGGAUGAUUUAAUAUUGGGUAGUAGGAACGUGUAUAUGUGGAAAACUUCCGCAAAUAACGCUAAGACAAUAAAUUCUAAUAAAUUCGCAUGUCUCGAAAAUAUUACUGCCAUAGAACAGGAUAGGAGAAUGCCACCACUUCAACUUUCUGGAUCGAGAUCAACUGGACCUAGGGAUUAUGGACGUGACUACAAAUCUCCUUACGAUGGUAGGAGUUCUCGAAACGGUAGCCAUCAAUUAACCAGCGGUGCAUCGUCAAGUAGAGAGAGCUCAUUGUUAGAUAAUUCUCAAACUCAAAAUGUGUCGAUGCCAACACAGUCUUUGAAAUCUACAUCACAAUCUGUGUCUAGUGGACUGAAGGCUCCGUUGUCAGAAGAAGCGUUUACGAAAGCGUUUAAUUCUACACUGAAGGAUUAUUUAAGAGAACAUAUUUUAGAGAAUGCUAUCUCUGAUGUAAGCCAGAUUUUUGAUAAUACUACGUUUACAAAGUUCGUGCGUGAGUCAAUUAACUUUGUUCUUGAAAAAUCUCCUGCUGAACGAGAACGAGUUUCACGACUUAUGUCACAAUUGAUUACACGAAAUAUUUUACCCUUACAACAUUUGAAAGCAGGGUUCAGCGAAGUUCUAGAAUUCAUAGAUGAUUUAAUCAUUGAUAUUCCGAAGAUUUGGACUUACCUUGCAGAAAUAUUAACUCAUCCAAUAAAAGACGAAGUAAUGCCAUUAUCUGAAAUGGGCAGUAUAUUUAUAAGUUUAAAAAGUCAAGGUGGUGCAGGAAAACUUCUCGGAGAGUUACUAGCGAAAUUAUCCCAAGAAAAAGGAUCCAAAUGGAUUGCAGAUAAAUGGGACCAAAGCAGACUUGCAUUGAAUGAUAUUAUCGACCCGGAAAGAGAGAAUAUUGAGAAGAUUGCUAAGGAAUAUCACUUAGAAUUCCUGAUUGGAGAUUAUAAUAGUGCCAAAAGCUCUAGCAGUGAUGAGCUUAGUUUACAACAGAUUCACGAACAACUUAAAAGGCUUAUGGAAGAGAAUACUUUUGAUGAAAUAAGUAGUUGGAUAACGGAAAAUGUUGGUAGUAGAGUUAAAGAUCCUAAAUUCAUAAGGAUAUUGAUGACUGCCAUUUUAGAAACGUCCAUAGUACCGUUUAAUGAAAUGUGGAAGUUAAAUGAACACAUAUUCAGCGAUUUGCAAUUAUUAAUUCAUCGAUUCGUCGAUACCGAUGAAGUACUAGAAUUGCAAUGUCUUUAUGCUAUUCAAGCAUAUAUGACAAAACUCGAGUUUCCAUGUGGUAUACUAAGGAACAUAAUAAACAAAUUGUCAGGGGACAAUAUUAUUUCCUCUGAUGCAUUCUUGGCAUGGCAAAAAGGUGAAGAUCCGGCAGAACAUGAAGGCCAUAGUGUAGCUAUCAUGACGCUGACGGCAUUCUUCAUUUCUUUACAAGAAGCCGAGGACAGUUCCAGUGUCGAAGACGGCCCAAGCAAUGUGAACUCCGAUACCUUUUGACGGUGCAUCGUUUUAGAAGGAAUACGAGCUGGGCACUUUUUAUUCGAAUAAAAGAUAAAUAAACAAUUAUUUACAGAUAAUACAAGUUCUUCAAAUAACUGUUAUUUUGAUAGUUAUUUGAAAUAACGGUCUUAUCUAAACUAAUUUUCACAAAAAAUCAAAUAACGCGAGAGAUUUCAAAUAAUCAUCGUCAAUUAUUCAAUUAAUUGAUUAGGAAAACGCGAUAGUAUUUUUCCAGUUUAUUUUUAUUUAUUUAUUUUUUUUUGCCUUAUUUAAACUUUAAACCAUUUCAAUGAAUUAUAUAUAUUAAUUAUCUUGCAUUUAUCUCUGUAUCAUAAUUAAUAAUUAAUCUUUAUCUUCAUUAUGUAUAGCGUAUUUCAAAUAUAGUCAUUAUGUAUCCGUUUGUAUUUGACAAUCUUCUUUUAUUUUCUGGCUUUGAUAUUGUACCAUGAAAAUCUAGACUAUAUAUAUAUUUUAUAUAUACUCGCGCACAAUUACUCAAUCGUUUUUCAGCAUUUUCUAUUUAAAUAAAAAAAAUAAAAAAAAAAAUAAAAAAAUAAAAUAAAAAAUAAAAAAUAAAAAAAAAGAAUUGCACUAUUAAUCCUCAAUUUGCAACGCGAAAAUUUUUUAAAUCUUUUUAGUACAGUAGUCUUUUUAUUAAAUCUUAUUAAAUCUUUUCAAUAGUCCAAAGUUCUUUUCAGAGCUAAACAUUUUAGAGAUAACUAAUUAAUAAAAUGAAAAAUCUCAAAUAAUCGUUGUUAUUAUAAAAAUUCAAAAUAUUGUGUUUAAAUAUAAAUUUACGAUUUAAUAAUUAAUUUUACUAUUAAAAAGAAUCACUUUCUUUUAUUAUUAAAUAAUUUUACCAAAUGAUUUAGUUAUCUAUUAUUUGUUUGGAUAUUAAAAUGAAUCAGGCAUUAAUCUUUUUAAGAUUAAAAGAGAUUUUUAUAUUUUUAAUAACAAUAUAAAUUAAUAUUAUUUAUGUAUGUAUUGCUGAUAGAGUAAGAUCCAAACAUCGCUACUAUUUCGAUCCGUUUAUAUGACACAUGUAUAUAGAAGACAGAUCAUUGAAAUCUAUGCAAGAUAAUGAUUAUAUAUAAUUCAUUGAAAUGGUUCAUUGUUGAAAUAAAUAAAGAAUAAAAAUAAAUGAAUAAAAAUAAGCUGAGAAAAUAUUCACGUGUUUUUUACAAUAUCUCGCAAAGUGUUUCUGAAAUAUGUCGAUCACUCAUAAUGGAACUGAAAAUAUGUUAUCUCAUUACCGAAAUCAGAAAACUGUACGAGUUGUGUUAUAUCUCUAUUUACACCAGACAAACAAAGAAAUGCCGCAAAAGCAACCAAAGUGCUACACAAGAUUUAGAUAACAAAUUAAAGAAAAAAAACCAGAUACAAGUGGGUCAAUUUUAAGUGAUGAAAAUUUCGAAGAUUACGAAGCUCUGAUGAUAGAUAAUCAAGUCUGAUGAUACGAGUAUUGUGGUUCUUCCUAUUAUUAUAAACGAACGUACACAUACACAGAAUUAAUAAUUUAUAUCUUUGCAAAUAAGGAACGUAUCGUAAGAAGAAGAAAAAGAAGAAAGAAGACUAAGAGAGCAGUUCAAACACGGUAGGACGAAAGAAAAAAUUUAAAAAGUGAAUAAAAAGAUACAAAAAAGUGAAUAAAAAGAUACAUAAAAAAAGUUUAGGACAUAGCCUAGGAAAGUGUACCGAAAAAUAUAAUGGAAGAAGAUGAUAUAAGUGGUGUGCAUAUUAAGGCGCUAUUUUUUAACACUAGAUAUUUACAAUCUUUAAAAGAGAGCAAAGUGUAGUGUAUGGGAAUGAAUCAUUUGUGCAUGUAUCUAUGUGACACACACAACACAGGUGCCGCUGGGAAUUGUAUAAAAUUAUUACUUAUAUCGAUUAUAAUGAUACAAUGUGCAAACUGAUUUUCUCAUUAAAAUAUACCUUAUUCGUAUAAAAAGAAAAGUAGAAUGAAUCGGCUGACUUGAACUUAUACAUAAUAAUAAUUACAUUGGAACGAUUAUUCAAAACGAAAAUACGUAUGUUUUGUCAAUAUUGUUGUCUGCUUACAUCUUGUCUAUAUCUGUAUGCGAGAAAAGCGUGAUUGCUUCAAGACACAGUCGAGAUGGAUAUAUACUUAAUAACGAGAGAAAAAAAACAAGAAAAUCGAAUGUGCUUUUCCAUUCCUAAAAAAGAAAAAAAAUAUAUAGUUUAUUUUAAAUCAGUUUUCUACGAUUUGACUUUCUUAAAUAUGUGCACGUUCUAACGAAAGGACGUGAGACUAUAACUUUAAUUAUCUUAGGAUAUAUAUAUAUAUAUAUAUAUAUAUAUAUAUAUAUAUAUAUAUAUAUAGUACGAAUAAUCGAAUGUUCAUAUAAUUAAAUACGUUGUACAUAAUACUUCGCUGGAAAUAUGAUUCCACGAAUGAUGAUUGCACGCAUCAGAGAGAGAGAGAGAGAGAGAGAGAGAGAGAGAGAGAGAGAGAGAGAGAGAAAGAGAGAGAUGUUUAAUAUUAAGAACGGCAGUAAUUGUCAUUGUUAACGAUAUAUAUAUAUAUAUAAAGAAAAAACAACAAGGAUUAUGUUCUAUUUGUCAUUUAUAGUGUUUCAAACGAAUACAAUAUCCCUUUUUCGCAUGGCGGUACUCUUAUAAGUUGAUUUUUAUUUUGCCAAUGUAACUUGUAUAACUUUGUGUAUGAGGACCGCGCAUGCGUAAUUGUUAUAAAUUAAUCAUUCUUGGCGAUUUUUUUCUCUUCCUUUUUUUUAAAUAUAAUGUUAAUAUGUUUUCCAUAGAUAGAUAUAUUAUAUAGAAAAUAAUCAUAAUUUGUUUGUUACCGUUAAAAAUGAAAAAAGGGACGCGAGAGAGGGGGAGAGAGAGAGAGUAUGAAAGUGAAACGAAAGAUGCGAUUCUUGCUCUUGUUUUCUUUUUCUUUUUUCUUUUUUUCUUGUCCUGCUGUAUAAACAAUUAACGAAUGAAAUGAAGAAACGAAGCGAGUGCAAAAACGAUCGACAAGAAAUUAGUAUGAUUAAAACUCUGAUACACAUGUCUCUCCUUGAAUGAACACAUUCUACUUUACAUAGCAGAAUGUAUCGUUUGACGAGAUGAAAAUGUAUAAUGCACUUUGAAAAAGAGAGAAAGAGAGAACGAUAGAUAAAUAAAAUUACACUAAUUUAUAAUUAAUUAAAAUAAUAAAGACGCGUUGUAAAAAACGCGUGGAUAAGUGAAUGCUCCGAGAGAGAGAGAGAGAGAGAGAGAGAGAGAGAGAGAGAGAGAGGAGGGAGAGCGAGAGAAGAAAUGAAAAGGGAGCGGGGAGGUUAUCAGUGUAAAUAAAUAAGUAAAUAAAUAAAUAAAUAAUGUAAGUGCAGAUUGGGCAGAUUAUAGGCAGGAGAUUAGUAGGAAUACUAUGGUCUUUCGUACAUUGUAUACAUGUAAUGAGACCAUUGUGCUAUAAAAAGUAAUCUAUGAUGAACACGUGCGUAUAAAUACAUGUGUACUUACGUACAUAUUUACACAUACUCGCACUUACACAUGACAGAAUCACACACACAUAUUGACACGCAAAAAGAAAAAGCUGGCAUAAUGAAUAUAUAUGUGUGUGUACAUACAUCAUAUAUACAUAUGUAUGUGUAUGUAUACAUAUGUAUAUAUGUACAUAUAUACAUAUUACAACAUAAAAAAUAUUGCUAGGACUUAUAGAAUACAACAGACGAAUAUACACAUAAAACUUCUAUAAUAAAUAUGCCUAUUAAAAAAAAAAUAAAAAAAAAAUAAAAAAAAAAAAAAAUAAAAAAAAAUAAAGAACUCCAUGCCA